AUGGCAGCAGCAUCAGGGGACCAGCUGUUUACCACGUCCUGGACCCUUCACCGCUUAUCACCUCUCUACCAUGGAAACGAGUGUCAAACCCUCCUAGACAAUCCGCAGGGGCUGAACCUCUACGCAAACCGCCUCAGGGACCUUCUCAGAGGCGAUGUAUUUCGUGGCGUGCAGGUUGGAAUGCAUGGCCUUGGUGCCGUCGAUGACGCCGUAUCAAAAGCAGGUUCUUUGAAAUCGUGCAAAUGGGAUGUGCUCCCGACCUGGAACCAUUGGAGUGAAGAAGAAUCUCUCCUCAAAGAUCCUGAACAGGAAUCCUAUGCCCUCGUGCCAGAAGUCUCAGCGGGCAUACUGGUGACCGUUGAAUAUGAGAAUAUCACGUAUAAAUCAGCCAUGCUUACCGGCCCGGAUGGUUACCACGAUACGAGGAAAUCUGUCACUUUUCUUCCUUUACUCUUAACCCGUCUUCCAAAUUCUCUUCGUCAGAUCUUUAUUUCAUUUCUGGCAACUAGUUUCGACGCGCGCUGUUCAAUUCUUCGUCUACCUUCAACUUUUCUUUGCGCUACGUUUGAAAAUUACUUAUCAAUUUUGAAUCGUGUUACAUCGAGAGCUCAUGCAUCUUCUUCUCGGGCUUUAGUCGAAAAGGUAAUCAAAGAGACGCAACUUACCCUCUCAUUCCCGCCGCCAGUUUCUCCCUCAUUGAAAAGCUUGGAUGUUCUUAUCUCCCGCGAGUCUCUGAGCGCAUUUUUCGUCCACGGAUCCAACGUACUUGCGAACACCCCGAGCGCUCCACCAAAUCAAACCCGGAGUAGCGGUGUGAAGCGGGCUCAUCCAGACAGCGCCUCCAUUGUAGAUAAUGAUGAAGGCCCCUCAGCUCCAUUUUUAGCCGGUCUAUCUGCAUAUUUCAACGCCAAUCUCGCUAUGAAGUUAGACAUUAGUGACUUUGGCAAAAACCCAACCGGCGCACAACAAAAGCAGGUUAGGUUGAGCAAAAUAUCCUGUGGGGCAUUUGUCCUUGGCGGUGAAGGGAGGAUGAAACUCCUUGCGAAUCCCGGGCGGGUUAUUCCGUAUGAUGAUGCAGAGGCCACCGAGGAGGAGGACGACCCUGAUAGUCGGGAGAUCCGUUCGGUUUGGAGAGCAAACGAGAUGUUACUACGAGCGUUGGUCUCACACGCUGUGGGUGGACUAACUCAGAGGUAA